AGAUCACAAAUAUAUUUGGUUUUCUUUCAGCAAAAAGACAAGAAGCUGAAAAAGUCAGCUUGUAAAUACAGCCUUGAUCUCACCCAUCCUGUAGAAGAUGGAAUCUUUGAUUCAGGAAAUUUUGAACAAUUCCUGAAAGAAAAAGUUAAAGUCAAUGGAAAAACAGGAAACCUGGGAAAUAUAGUUCACAUUGAACGUUUUAAGAACAAGAUCACCGUGUCAUCUGAAAGACAAUUCUCAAAACGGUAUCUGAAGUAUCUCACUAAGAAGUACCUGAAGAAAAACAACCUUCGUGACUGGCUGCGUGUGGUUGCAUCUGACAAGGAAACCUAUGAACUUCGAUAUUUCCAGAUUAGCCAUGAUGAUGAAGACUCUGAAGCUGAGGAAUAAGAUGCGCUUUUAUGUAGAGUGUUAUGUUCCUUGACUACCGGAGUGUACAGAUGAACAACUAUAGAAUAUAUUAACUUAUUAUCAACUAAAGAACUUGUAUACUCUAUAAAAUCUCAGAUUGCUGUGGGCAGCUGAGAUUUUUUGCUUCAAGGCUUCAUUAAAAGUAUGUCCUGA